AUGGUGGCAGACAGCUAGCCUCUGCUAGCCGUUGUAGGCUCUCUGUUGUCAUGGCUAAUUGCUCCGUAAAAGGCAAUAUUUUGUCUAUUGAUGAAGGAGGAUGUGGAGGGGAUGUGGCUAAAUAAUGGGAAACGUUUUUGGGAGAAAGGGUCGGCCGUCUCGUGUAACCGAACAGGAUAAAGCCAUUUUGCAACUGAAGCAGCAGAGGGAUAAGCUGAAGCAGUACCAGAAGAGGAUCACCCUACAACUGGAGAAAGAGAGACUUCUUGCAAAGCAGCUCCUCAAAGAUGGCAAGAAAGAAAAAGCGUUGCUGCUUCUUAAGAAAAAACGCUAUCAGGAUCAGCUGCUAGACAAGACGGAAAAUCAGAUUUCAAACCUGGAGCGCAUGGUUCAAGAUAUCGAGUUCAUGCAAAUAGAGAUGAAAGUCAUAGAGGGGCUAAAGGUUGGGAAUGACUGUCUGAAGAGUAUGCAUGAGAUCAUGUCAAUUGAGGAUGUGGAGAGAAUCCUGGAUGAGACCCAAGAAGCAAUUGAAUAUCAAAGGCAAAUAGAUGACAUGCUGGCUGGAGCCCUGACUCAGGAGGACGAGGAUGCCGUUUUAGCCGAGCUAGAAGCUAUCACUCAGGGAGAAGAUGUAGCACUUCCAGAGGUCCCCACUGAGCCGAUACCUGAGGUCCCAGAGGCAGCUAAAGCAGAGCCAGAGAGGAGAGAAGCAAAGAAAAAGCCAGAGAGAGAAAUGUUGGCAGCCUAACAGACUGAAUUUGUGGAUUGAAGCUGGCUGUCUUUCUGCUGAUAGGCACUCUGUGAUUUUGAAUAUUUCAUCCUUAAAUGUUUGUUGAUGAAGGUGGGACCUUUGCAGUGCACCUUCACAGCUUUUACUGGAUCAGCACUGUGUCUGUACUCUGGUACUCCACUCCUCUGAAUAUCUACAUGAAGGAAGUGAAAUGAUCUGACUUGAUGAAAGCAAUGUCACAUUGUAACUGUUCUGGUUUUGGCACUACACAGUGUAAGGACUCAGUUUUAGAUGUUUUACACAUAAAAUCCGUUUUCCAUAGUAAAUUGAGCUGUGGCAAAAA